AUGUUACUCCCACUUAGUUGGGUUUUCUCCCUCUCUGUAGGGGUAUUUCCUCUUGUUCGGAGUUCUUGCCCAUCUCAGUGCAGUUGCUUUUAUCAUAACCUGAGUGAUGGGUCCAAGGCCAGGAGCGUCAUUUGCAAUGACCCCGAGAUCUCUUUGGUCCCCGCCAAUUUUCCUGCUGACUCCUCCAAACUUAGAAUAGAGAAGACUGCAAUCAAGCGGAUUCCAAGCGAAGCUUUCUAUUACCUCUCAAAUCUAGAAUGUCUGUGGAUGUCUUUCAAUUCGUUGUCUAAAUUAAAUACAGACAGUUUCCGUGGCUUGUACAGCCUUGAGGAAUUAAGAUUGGAUGGCAACUCCCUCACGUCGUUUCCCUGGGAAUCGCUUACGGACAUGCCCAGGCUGCGGCUCCUCGAUUUGCACAAUAACCAAAUGACUUCAAUCCCGACGGAAGCGACCGUUUACAUCAGAAACCUGACGUACCUGGAUUUAUCCAGCAAUAACUUGGUGACCCUACCUUCCGAGGUUCUCUCCAGCUGGCUAUCUGUAAAGCCCACACAGAGUGUGGAUACUUCCAAGAUGAUUUUAGGUCUCCAUGACAACCCCUGGGCGUGUGACUGCCGGCUCUUUGACCUGGUGCAGCUGCAGAAGGCCUCCUCCUCCUCCUCUGUGGCCUUCAUCGACACGCGUCUGCGCUGCUCUGCGCCGGAGGGCCUGUCGGGCACUCUGUUCAGCGACGCUGAGCUGAGGCCGUGUCAGGGGCCCCGGGUCCACACGGCCGUGGCCCGCGUCCGGAGCCCCCAGGGCAACGGCGUCCUGCUGCGCUGCGGCUCCACGGGGGACCCCCUCCCCCGCCUGUCCUGGAGGAGAGCCGACGGGAGGCCAAUCAAUGGCACCGUCCAAGAAUCUAUGAAGGAGGGAGUGGUCUGGUCCAUCCUGAACGUUGCGGCUGUGUCCCAGUGGGACUCGGGGAGGUACAUCUGCAUGGCCACGAGCAUUGCAGGGAGAGUGGAGGCGGCCAUUUCCCUGAUGAUAACGGAUUCGGUGAGAAAGGAUAAUGAGACCAGCGGCACAAAGAAACCCAGGGGAAGGAAACCCAGCAGUAAAGCUGCCGCCUACCAGGAGAAACUGCUGGCCCAGUACACAGCCCUGCCGACUGCCGCCCCCACCCCCCUCCUUUACUCUGCCCCACGCACUGAGAGCUACAGCCAACUGGCCCCACGCACGGAGAGCUACACCAUGUCUGACAGUGCUCCAGUCGAGCCCACGCCCAGCCUGGCCGCGGCGGAACAGCUGCUGGAACUGGAGAAGACCAACCUGAGCGGUCUGGUGGCCGACGCCUCAUCCCUCCAGCAGGGCCGGGAACGCGUGGUCCGCUCGGUCAAAGUGGUGGGCGACACUGACCACACGGUCAUGCUGAACUGGAGGGCCCCCACGGCCAAAAACACCACGGCGUUCAACGUCCUGUACGCCGUGUUCGGGGAGCGGGACAUGCGGAAGAUCGGCGUGGGCCCGGGGAAGAACCGCAUCACCAUUCAGGGCCUGGUGCCCAGAACGAAGUACAUCGCCUGCGUGUGCGUCCGAGGCCUGGUCCCGAAGAAGGAGCAGUGCGUGAUCUUCUCCACCGACGUGGCGGCCAGCGCCAGCGGAGCCCAGAAGCUCAUCAACGUGGUGGUGAUCACGGUGGCCUGCGUCAUCGUGGUGCCUCUCACCCUGAUUGUGUGCUGCGGGGCUCUGAAGAGGCGCUGGAAGAAGCUGUUCGGGAGGAAGUCGAAGGAGACCCAGGACUCGUACGUCACCUUCGAGACUCUCUCCCCCGGGACCAGAGCCAGGGCCCAGCAGGGCGAGUACCCGGCCCGGCCCAACCCGGAGGAGUCCAACCGGCUGCUCUCGGCCCGGUCCAGCCUGGACUCAGAGGCCACCGCCAAAAUGGAGGGAAACCCAAACGAAUAUUACUGCUGA